ACUUUCGUCCUUCUGCCUUGAUCAUCGUAUAUCCUACUCGGGCAACCUAGAUACGGUAAAAGUAAAGAAGAAGAAGAAGAAGAAAAGAGGGUCAUGGCAACCUCUGCAAUCCAACAAUCUGCAUUUGCUGGCCAGACCGCUUUGAAGCAGUCAAAUGAGCUUGUCCGUAAGGUCGGUUCCUCUGGUGAUGGUCGUAUUACCAUGCGCAGGACUGUCAAAAGUGCUCCACAAAGCAUAUGGUAUGGCCCAGACCGCCCAAAGUACUUGGGUCCGUUCUCUGAGCAAACUCCAUCAUACCUGACCGGUGAAUUCCCUGGUGACUAUGGAUGGGACACAGCUGGUUUGUCUGCAGACCCUGAGACAUUUGCCAAAAACCGUGAGCUUGAGGUGAUCCAUAGCAGAUGGGCCAUGCUUGGUGCACUCGGAUGUGUCUUCCCUGAAAUUCUUGCCAAGAAUGGUGUCAAGUUUGGCGAGUCAGUUUGGUUCAAGGCUGGAUCUCAAAUCUUUUCAGAGGGUGGCCUCGAUUAUCUUGGCAACCCCAAUCUCAUUCAUGCUCAGAGCAUCCUCGCAAUCUGGGCUUCCCAGGUUGUGCUCAUGGGAUUCGUUGAAGGGUACAGAGUAGGAGGAGGACCACUUGGCGAAGGACUUGACCCCAUCUAUCCUGGUGGUGCCUUUGACCCACUUGGCCUCGCUGAUGAUCCUGAUGCAUUUGCAGAGUUGAAGGUGAAGGAGCUCAAGAACGGCCGCCUGGCAAUGUUCUCAAUGUUUGGAUUCUUCGUUCAGGCCAUUAUCACUGGAAAGGGACCUAUAGAGAAUCUUUUGGAUCACCUUGCCGAUCCAGUGGCCAACAAUGCUUGGGCAUAUGCCACUAACUUUGUUCCUGGAAAAUGAAGAAACUCAGAUGUUUGCCUUGUA